UUUCCUUCGAUACUUACUGCGACUUUACUCAGAAUCGAUCUUGAUUUCGGCAUAAUUCUGAUAAUUAAAGAAUAUGAGUGAAACGAAACCAUCAACUAUGGAAGCUGUCAACAGAAGAUUAGAUGAAGUUUUGGUUGAGUUUUUCGAAUGUGUUGGAGAACUUUACAAAGAACAAGCAGAUCUAGAGAAUAUAAUGAAAAAUGGAUUCUUGAUGAUGUCAAGAGCUAGAUACAAUAUGGGGGCCAAGUCUGUUGGUGUUACACAGUACGAUGAAACUAAUAUGAAAGCUUCCAAAGUGGUCUUGGUUACAGAUAAUGAUGAUGAUGAUAACUGUGUCAACAAGAUGUUUGAACUAGUAAAUGCAAACUGUUGUCUGGAUGAGAGUUUAAAGGAUCCAGUUUCUAAAGGUUUGAGACAGAGGAAAAGUGGAGGAAAAGACAAAGUAGAAACUGUUGGGUCAGAAAAUGUAGAACAAUCGACUCACAAUUCAAACAAUACCAAAAAGAACAAUGACCCAAUUAAAUGGUUUGGUGUUUUAGUUCCACAAAGUUUACGACAGAGUCAGGCUUAUUUCAAACAAGCCACAGACAAUGUUAUAAAAGUUUCAAAUUUAAAAUCAAAAGUGAUGCAUCUUAAAGAACAAUACAAAAGUCUACAGAAAGAAAAACAGUUAAUACAUGUAAUAACUACUCAAUGAAAUUAUGAAAAAGACAAGAUUAGAAGUAGUUCCGUAAUAUUAGAAUUUGGACAAAAUAGAGAAACAAUUUGAUGAAUAAAAGCUGGGAAAGUA